AUGGCCUCUGCUUCUGUUCCUGCCGAAUUUUUCACCAACCUAGGUCCGUCCGGACUCAAGAUCUCCCGUAUCAUUGUCGGAUGCAUGACGUUUGGGAAGAAGUACUGGUCCGACUGGGUGAUUGAGGACAAGGAGAAGGUGUUUGCGAUCAUGAAGAAGUGCUACGAUAGCGGCUUGAGGACUUUCGACACGGCAGACACCUACUCGAACGGGUACUCUGAGGUCUUGCUCCGGGAGUUCAUGGAGAAGUACAACAUUCAGAGAGACAAGAUUGUCAUUUUGACCAAGCUCUUCUACCCGGUCGAGCCGGACGUCCCCGGGUUCAGCGCUGCGGCCCGGAACCAGUUCCCUGUCUAUGAGUUUGUCAACAGCCAGGGCUUGUCUAGAAAGCACAUCAUGGACGCUGCCAAGGGCUCCAACGAGCGGCUGGGCACGUAUGCGGACGUGAUCCAGAUCCACCGGUUCGACCCGUCCACGCCCAUCGAGGAGACGAUGGAGGCCUUGCACGACAUUGUCAAGCUAGGCUACACCCGGUACAUUGGCGCCUCCACGAUGAGAACGUACCAGUUUGUCAUGAUGCAGAACGUCGCCGAGAAACAUGGCUGGACCAAGUUCAUCUCGAUGCAGAACUACUACAACUUGUUGUACAGAGAGGAGGAGGAGGAGAUGAUGGAGUACUGCAAGCUCACAAACGUCGGCGUCAUCCCCUGGUCGCCCAACGCCAGAGGCGUCUUGACCCGGCCGCACGGCGCCACGGGCGAAACAAACAGAACCGCCGCCGACGCCCACCGCAUGAAGAAGCUCGGGCUCGACGUCUUGGGCGACGGCGAUCAGGAGAUCUUGCUCCGUGUCGAAGAGGUCGCCAAGAAGCACGGUGUCUCCAUGGCCGUCGUCUCCACCGCGUAUGUCCUCAGCAAGGGCUACUCCCCAAUCGUCGGCUUCAGCAAGCCUGAGCGUGUUGACGACGCCGUCGAGGCCUUCAGCUUCUACAAGAAGCUCACGCCCGAGGAGACCGCUUAUCUCGAGGAGCCAUAUACCCCGAAGAAGUGGACCUGCUAA